CAUGAGAUGAGAUAAAAACAAAGAGAUCAAGUGUGUUUGGAUGAAGUCACAUUGGCAUCACGUGACCUUAAUUGUACUGUCUAUGCACGUGACAAGGGGGCAGCCAUGCAGAGUGAUCAGUUAGCACUGAACUGUGCCUGUGUCAUUUUGCACUGUGUUUGUGUGUAUACUUGUAGAUGGCGAGUGGACAGCUGUCGAGGGCGGAGGCGUUGGCGUGCUCAGGCUGCAGGCAUGCAUGUCACGUGAUGCUCUACUGUGACACGAAAAGUCAGCUGUUUGGGAGACUUCCUAUCAGACAUAUCAUACUGAUGCAGAUGCGCUUUGACGGUCUGCUGGGUUUCCCUGGAGGGUUCGUCAAACCAUCAGAGGAGACCCUGGAGGCGGGGCUUAGCAGGGAGUUGUUGGAGGAGCUGGGUGUAGCUCUUCCUAUAUUGGUAGAAGAUCAUGCGGACUCUUGCUAUGCCCCUGCUUCCUCACACUCCUCCUCCUCCUCCUCGUCCUCCCGUCUUAUCACUCACUUCUACGUGAAGAAGAUGGAGGAGGAGCAGAUUAGGGAGGUGGAGAGAGCGGCUGCAUCCACUGCAACAGAUCAUGGACAGGAGGUUCUAGGAAUGGUCAGAGUCCCUCUGUACACCACGAAAGGCGGGGGAGGCCUCGCGGCUUUCCUGUCGCACUCGUUCAUUGGUAAUGCUCGCUCCCAGCUUGCCGACUCUCUGCUGCGUCUCAACCUGGUCGCCCCUGAGGAGUUGCAUAAAGCCCUCACACACUCUCUGAAGAUACACACACAAACCGCAGAGGACCUGCAAGUGGCCUUUGCGCUAACAGAGGCAAAGAGGAAACGGUUUUAAAACCCAUCUGCACCAGCACAUCCUCUCCAGCACACACAUAGAUACAGUUUGCCUAUCAGUAAUUUUCAACGCAAUCCUUCACACACACACACACACACACACACACACACACACACACACACACACACUGAUUCUGAUUCUGAGCUGGUGACUCAUAAUUGCCUCAUGCAUCAAACAGUGGAGGAGAAAACAUCAUCAACUGCUCCAUUAUUAAUACAAAUAAAAUCAUUUAACUGUCUA